AUGGCUGCCGCCGCAAGCGCUGGCUCGGCCGCCAUCGACGCUGGGCGCUUCUGGGCCCCCGCGCCACCGCGACUGCCCAGCUACGGAGACCCAGCUUAUUGGCUGGCGCGCUACGCUGAGAGGGGGGAGGAGGUCUACGACUGGUACAUGCCGGAGCUCGGGGGGCACGUGGCGCCGCUGGUGACCCCGGAGUCCCAGAUCCUCAUCCUCGGCUGCGGCACCAGCGCCCUCUGCGAGCAGCUCUACGCCCAGGGCUUCGUGAACGUGACGUGCAUCGACCGGUGCGCCCCGCUCAUCGAGGCGCUGAGGGAGAAGCACAAGGACAAGGAGGCCACGGUCUCCUUCCAGGCCGCCGAGGCUGAGAGGCUGCCUGACGAUUGGGCUGGUCGGUUUGACCUGGUGCUGGACAAAGCGCUGCUAGACUCGGUGGCGUGUGGGGAACAGAAGUGGGCACGUAUGGACGAGGUGCUCCAGUCUGUCAGCAAGGUGCUGAAGCCGUCGGGCGGCACCUACCUCUGCGUGUCCCACGCCGGCGUGGAGACGCGAAGGCCGAUGCUGCACGCUCAUGGCAAGUACGGGUGGGAUGUCGAGUGUCGCACGGUGCCGAGGGGGGUCACCGCCACCGCCAGCGGAGACAAGCCGCCCAGCCGUGGAGCCAAGCCUCCGGACCCGCAGGCGGGCGCUAAGCUCACGGCCUCUGCGGCCUACGACCCCUCUGCCGACGUGUACCACAUCUACGUCUGCAGCCUGCCGGCUGCGUGA